AUGGACGUAAAGCUAUCUAUAGGGGGGGAGGACGUUGGCAUGAACAAGUCGAUCAAGGAGGAGGUCCAGAAGGAUGAAGGAGGAGCUUCCAUGGAAUUGUUGGAGAACAAAAUGGAUUCUUUGGAAGAAGAAGAAAUUUGGAAGAGUAGACGUGAGAGAAUGAAUAAUGCAUUGGCAGCUGCGCAAGCCACAGGGGGACAAGAUUCAACAGAAACGUAUGCAGCUGCUCGAAAACUGGCUGAUGUCAUCGAACGCGCCAACGUCGAAGAGUUCAUUUCCGCGAUCGAAGGGCUUCCCAAUCAAACCGAUCUGUUUGCCAUUUUCAAUUUCUUGGGGCUAUGGAGUGGCUCACUGCUCCACAUUGCAGCAGCCACCAAAAAGGACGACACCCUAUGGCUCCUACUUGCUUAUGUCAGUGACCACUUCAUAGCAGCCCAAAAUGAAUGGGGAGAUACCCCUCUCCACAUGGCCGCUAGGGCCGGGGGAUCGAGAGCCACCGUGAUGUUGAUUCGUCGGGCAAGCAACUGGCCCAACGUCGAGGACAAGAACCGGAUGCUGAGGAUGCAGAACAAACAUGGAAACACUGCUUUGCACGAGGCGGUGCUCAAGUGUCACGUCCACGUGGUGCGCUUUUUGUUAAAAAAAGAUUUGGAGCCUGUGUACUUGAAGAACAAGGCUGAGAAAUCUCCCCUUUACCUGGCCCUCGACACCAAGGACUCUGCCAUACAUAAGGCUUUAUUUACGCUCUUGCUCGAACCAUCGAGGAUAGAAGGCUUGCCGCCCAUUCAUGGUGUCAUUUUGCAUCGUAAUUAUGCUGGGUACAUCCAACCAGCUAUAUGA